AACAAAUGAGUUGUAAGUGGCGCUCGGGUGUCUACGUCACUUCCGCCCGUCGUCAUCACGAAGCGACGUUUUCUCAGGCCACCAGUGGUCGAAGCGAUUCCACCUCGUUUGGAAGAAAUGGCACCAUCACCCACGAAGCGGAAGGAGGAGGAGAAAACUAAAGACCGAGGCAAAGAGAAGACUGCCACCAAGGAAGGAGACAAGGAAAGAGGACGGGACAAAGCAAGGAAGCGCCGCAGUGCUUCCACCGGGAGCAGCAGCAGCAGGUCCAGAUCUAGCUCUUCUUCAAGCAGCAGCUCUGGUUCCAGCUCAGGCUCCUCAAGUGGAUCCAGCUCGUCCGGGUCCAGCCGCUCCGGUUCCUCUAGCUCUCGGUCCUCGUCUUCUUCCAGCUCCUCCGGCUCUCCCAGCCCCAGCCGCAGACGGCACGACAACCGUCGCCGCUCCCGCUCCACCUCCAAAACACAGAAGAGGGGAGACGACAAGGAACGUAGAAAACGAAGCCCGAGCCCCAAACCAACUAAAGUUCACUUGGGGCGUCUGACCAGGAAUGUUACCAAGGACCACAUCCAGGAGAUCUUUUCAACUUAUGGGAAAAUCAAAAUGGUUGAUCUGCCGGUGGAUCGGUUUCACCCACAUCUUACCAGAGGCUAUGCCUAUGUGGAGUUUGAGACCCCUGAAGAGGCCCAGAAGGCCCUCAAGCACAUGGAUGGAGGUCAGAUCGACGGACAGGAAAUCACAGCAGCCGCUGUGUUGACCCAGCGCGUCCGUCCUCCACCUCGUAGACCGUCUCCUCCUCGCAGAAUGCCCCCACCGCCACCUAUGUGGCGUCGCAGCCCACCACGCAUGAGGAGAAGGUCUCGGUCCCCGAGGAGGCGGUCCCCAGUGCGUCGCCGCUCUCGCUCCAGAUCCCCCGGCCGCAGGCGUCACCGCUCUCGUUCCAGCUCCAACUCCUCUAGAUAGACGGGUUUUCUACCUCUAUGUGAUCGCUUAGAUUCUCUCUCAGUCCUGAUGUAGUUCUGCCCUUCCCCCCGCGACUCUAUGGGCUCACCAGAAACAAAAUCAUCUGCGGCCAACAUAAAAAAACAUGCGUCUGUAUUUAGAAAGGCCCCCCUUUUCUUUUGUUUUUAUUUUAUCUCGAUCCUGAAAAGUUUGCUCUGUAUUUUGUUGUUUCGGACUGAGUUUUACUGAGAUCUAUCAAUGUUUUCUUUAAAGUGUAAUUUCUUUUUCUCCGGGUGUCGUUUUUUUAAACAUUUUGAAAAUAAAAGCGCAGAAAGACAUUCGGAAAGCCCC